CAUUCUCCAUUCUCCACUCUCCACUUCCUCCCCCUGUUCCAAUUCCAUUGCCUCCCGAGGCCCUUUCCGUUCUUCCAUCCCGGCUUGCGUUAUUCCACGCAAAAUACUGUACUGUGCGGAGGUAUUACUGCGCUGCGCUGUACCUAGGUACCCUUGCCCUUGCCCUUGCCCUUGCCCUUGCCCUUGUUCUGGGGACAUCACCUGCUUAGAAUUGCCUGCGACCUAACGUAUCGAGGUAUCGUUUGUUGUCCAGGUAGCCGCCGCCUGCAUCUGCUUUUUCUGCACCUGCACCUGCAACUGCAACGGCAAACGACAACAUCACCUCACCUCACCUCGCCUCGCCUCACCUCACCUCACCUCACCAUCCCGCGCACGCACACCUUCAUGACAGGACACCUUCUGCGGUCUCCGCGUCUAAGUCUGCACCAUUCACGGGCCUGCCAUAGAUUGGUCCGACCGACGACCUCUGCCUCUGCCUCUGCCUCUGCCUCCUCCUCUUCCUCUUCCUCUUCCUCUGCAUCCUCGCUAUUCCCCUCCUGCAGCUCAUUCCCGUCCUCCGUCUUCGCACAGACCUCGUCGCCAUCUGUCCCAUCCCAGCCUUUAGCCCACUCCUCGUCCACCAAGGAAGCUCAGCGGCAGAUAUCUCUCAGGCUAGGCGGGGUCUGCCUACCAAGACUGCUCACUAGACUUUCAGCUAGUUCUUCAACAGCAUAUCUUCAUCGUCCUUCUGCUUUCACAUCUUUGCCACGCUGUGGCUCUUCAUUGUUCAAAUCGGCCGCCAUGUCAACUCUAUCUCAACCACAAACCCCGGCUGCGCUCGAUAGUCCCUUGAGGGAGCACAGACAUCGGCCAGUCGAGAGGCUCACGGACAGCUUGGAGACCCCAUCUCUCGACAACCGCAGUUAUAGGGUUGUGAGACUGCCGAAUCAGCUGGAGGUGCUCCUGGUCCACGAUGCGGAAACCGACAAGGCCUCUGCUGCUAUGGAUGUCAACGUUGGCAACUUCAGCGAUGAGGAUGAUUUCCCGGGCAUGGCCCACGCAGUAGAGAAUUUGCUAUUCAUGGGAACUAAGAAGUAUCCAGUUGAAAAUGCAUACUCCCAAUACCUCUCUUCCCACUCUGGAAGCUCGAAUGCAUACACCGGAGCUACGUCUACAAACUACUAUUUCGAAGUUGCGGCAAAGAAAGCAGAAGAUGCAAAGGCGGACGAGUCAUCACCAUUGUAUGGAGCUCUGGAUCGAUUCGCACAAUUCUUUAUAGACCCUCUCUUCCUUCCAUCGACUCUAGAACGAGAAUUACGGGCAGUAGAUUCCGAGAAUAAGAAGAACCUGCAAAGCGACCAAUGGCGGCUACAUCAAUUGGAAAAGUCUCUCUCGAAUCCGAAGCAUCCAUACUGCCACUUUUCUACAGGGAAUUUUGAGGUUCUGAAGACACAACCAGAGGCAAGGGGAGUCGAUGUUAGACAGAAGUUCAUGGAUUUCCAUGCCAAGCACUACUCAGCGAACAGAAUGAAGCUGGUCGUGCUGGGCCGGGAAUCUUUGGAUGUUUUGGAAGGCUGGGCUGCAGAUCUAUUUGCUGGCGUGAGGAAUAAGGACUUGCCGCAGAACCGCUGGGAAGACGAGCAGCCUUUUGGGGAGAAGGAUCUAUUGACCCAAUGCUUCGCAAAGCCAGUAAUGGACUCCAGGCAACUGGAUCUCUCGUUCCCGUUCAUAGACGAAGAAUUGCUGUUUGAAUCGCAGCCAAGCCGAUAUAUCAGUCAUCUAAUUGGUCACGAAGGACCUGGAAGCAUCAUGUCUUUCAUCAAGUCCAAGGGAUGGGCCAAUGGUCUCAGUGCAGGGGCAUACCCAGUCUGUCCUGGUACACCAGGAGUAUUCAACUGCCAGAUUAGGCUGACGGAAUAUGGAUUGAAGAACUACAAGGAGAUUGUUAAAGUUUUCUUCCAAUACGUGUCUCUCUUGCGGGAGACACCACCUCAGAAAUGGAUCUUCGAGGAGCAGAAAGGGCUAGCCGAUGUGGAUUUUAAGUUCAAGCAAAAGACACCAGCCAGCCGGUUCACAAGCAAGAUAAGCGCAGUCAUGCAGACACCACUGCCUCGGGAAUGGCUCCUCAGCGGACACAGCAGACUUCGGAAGUUUGAUCCUGCAAGGAUCCAAGAGGGGCUUGCAUGUCUGAGACCGGAUAACUUUCGCAUGAGUGUUGUGUCCCAGAACUUCCCCGGAUCGUGGAAUGACAAGGAAAAGUGGUAUGGGACCGAGUACACCUAUGAGAAGAUACCCGCAGAUUUCUUAGCCGAGAUUAGGGUUGCCGCAACCAGCACCUCCAAAAACCGCUUUGCUGAAUUGCACUUGCCCCAUGAGAACCAGUUUAUUCCUACCAAACUUGAGGUCGAAAAGAAGGAGAUCAAGGAGCCAGCGAUUGCUCCAAAGCUCAUCCGAAACGACGACUUGGUCCGGACGUGGUACAAGAAGGACGAUCAGUUCUGGGUACCAAAAGCCAACCUUUUCGUCAAUUGCCGAAACACUCUUCCAAGUGCUACAGCCGAGAAUUCUUUGAAGUCAAAACUUUACACUGAUGUUGUUCGAGACGCUCUGGAGGAGUAUUCAUACGAUGCCGAACUCGCAGGUCUCGAUUACUCCGUAUCUAGCCAUUCGACGGGUAUUGAGAUUGCUGUUUCAGGCUAUAAUGACAAACUACCCGUUCUUCUAGAGAAGGUGCUCCUGACUAUGAGAGAUCUGGAAGUCAAGCCGGACCGGUUCGAGAUUAUCAAAGAGCGAUUACUUCGAGGCUUAAAAAACUGGGAUUUCCAGCAGCCAUACAACCAGGUUGGCGAUUACACCAGAUGGCUUAACAGCGAGAAAGGCUACAUCAAUGAACAAAUCCUCGCAGAGCUACAUCAUCUCACAGCAGCCGACAUUCAACAGUUCUAUCCACAUCUCUUGCGACAGAUGCACAUCGAGACUUUCGUACAUGGGAACUUGUAUAAAGAGGAUGCGCUGAAGUUGAGCAACUUGAUCGAGACAACGCUGAAGCCAAGAGCUCUUCCCCAAACACAAUGGCCUGUUGCUCGUGCCUUGGUUUUCCCACCUGGCGCAAAUUUCAUCUAUCACAAGACCUUGAAGGAUCCAGCGAAUGUCAAUCAUUGUAUUGAAUAUCUCUUGUUCGUAGGGGACAAGUCGGUCCGUCCUUUGAGGGCGAAGACACUUCUUCUUGACCAGAUGACCCACGAACCGGCUUUUGAUCAGUUAAGGACCAAGGAGCAACUCGGCUAUGUUGUAUUCAGUGGAGCUCGUACCUCCGCAACGACCAUCGGGUACCGAUUUAUCAUACAGAGCGAGAAAGAUGCUGCAUAUUUAGAGUCCAGGAUUGACUCAUUCUUGAAUGGUUUCAAGGAUACCCUUGAGAAGAUGUCUGAGAGUGAUUUCGAAGGCCACAAGCGAAGCUUGAUUACGAAGCGUUUAGAGAAGCUGAAGAACUUGGAUCAAGAAUCUGGUCGGCUUUGGUCGUACAUCGACAGCGAGUAUCUUGACUUUGAGCUGGUCUACGAAGAUACCGCGAUCAUCAAAACUCUCACCAAGCCCGAUAUGCUCGAAUUCUAUAAUCACUUCAUCCUUCCAUCUUCGCCUCUCAGAUCGAAGCUUGCGAUUCACCUCAACGCCCAGACGGCCGUUGCUAAUGUUGCUGAUAAGGGUAUCAAGGUGCUAGGGUUGAACAAGGACCACAAGGAUCAAGAGGAUGGUGAAGCUAUUGACGUCAAGCCAGAAGGCAAUGGCACAAUACCAUAUGUUAUUACCGACGUCCGAGAGUUCAAGUCGAAACUACAAGUCAGCGCCGGACCCCAACCAGUCAAGCACAUUUCCGAAUUCGAGGAGAUAGACUCCAAGUUGUAAAUCGUACGACUGCCCCGUUUCAGCUUUUUGUUCGGUUUUUUUACUCAACAAAAAGGACACGAUUCUGCAUGCAUGUUUGCGCACUCUUCUGGGAUGGGUAGUGAUGAGACAUACCCACAAUAGAAAAGGAAGACAAAAGAUGAGAGCGAAGACUUGCGAUCUUGUCAUCCUUGCCUACCCUAUUGUGUUUUAGCCAUGGGCAUGCGAGGCUCAUUCAUUGCUGGAGUCGAGGUUUGGUAGAUUCCUUGGUGUAGGCACAUGGGAUUGUUGAUACCCAACUCGGU